AACAUGUUCGCCGUAAAAUGGUCUAUAAUCAAAAUACUAACAUGAAGUACUAAUUUCACUAUUUAUAAACAAUGAGUUGAAUGAAAGUUAUGAAAGCCUUGAAAAUAUAAUAAAAAUUGUAUUUCGUAUGGAUGAUCGUGGCUUUAGAGGGGAUGCUGGAAGCAAGGCAAAGGGCGGCAGGAGUAGGCGUGAUCGAGGAUUUCGUGAGCCAAGAGAAAGGAGACCUAGACCACAAACGAAAGCUGGUGUUGAACAAUUUCCACCUGGAGCUCAACAAGGGCAAAUGAAAAUACUAACUAAAACAACCAACGACAAAGGUGCAGAAACAGGUAAAUCAAUUCAAAUUAAGCCAAGGGAUGAAAAAGUUGAUAUAGUGCCACCCCAGUUGGCAAGAUCCCCUGUUAGUUCACUUCAAAAAACAAACUCCUCAGUCAAAUCAUCUGGUGAGCACCAAACACAUGGCAGUCAGUCAUUAGCAGCACAUUCUGGUCGGCAUCAACCUCAUCGUGGUAGUAGUGGUGUUGUCUCACCUGGACCAUCAAGUGCAGUGCUUAGUGGGAAUGAUUCCAUAACUGCUACAGGAACUGGUGCAAAGAUACAGAAUGACUCAUUGAAGUGUUUUAAAAUUGUUGAUGAAAAACUGCACUGGAACGAUCAAGCAUUAGAGACCCUAACAGAUCAGAGUGACUUUCUUGUUGUUGGAGUGUUGGGCUGCCAAGGUGUUGGGAAAUCCACCAUUCUUUCUCUACUAGCAAAUAGAAUGGCUUUAAAUGAUAAAAGGUUUUGUAUUUUCACACCACAAUCAAGACAAACUGAGGAAAUGAGUAUAAAUGAGACUUCGGGUAUUGAUAUGUCUAUCACAAAUGAAAGAGUUAUCUUUCUAGACACGCAACCAAUACUCAACGCUUCCAUUUUGGAUAAUGUCAUCCGCCAUGAAAGGAACAUACCUUCUGAAGUUACAUCAGCUGAAAACUAUGCUGAAUUGCAGUCACUACAAAUAACAACAUUUUUAUUCACCGUUUGCCAUGUUGUGUUAGUGGUUCAAGAUUGGUUUUGUGAUCUUAAUGUAAUGCGAUUUAUGAAAACAGCAGAGAUGUUGAAGCCUACGUCAGGAGCCCAUACUGCAGCUCACGAAGGUUCUAGUAAUUUACCCGAAGAAUUCGAUGAAUAUUACCCAAAUAUAGUUUUUAUUUACAACAAAUGCUCGAGAGAGGAUUUUGAGGCACAUAAUGUUGAAAAUAUGCUUCUUGCAACAGACGCGAUCUUUCAAAAUUCCAGACUAAGAACAAAAACAUCGGCGUCUAUGCUUUUGGAAGGGACGUUUCCAUUUUCUAAACAUUUGGAACAAUAUUCCGACGUCAACCUAUUCUUGUUACCUAUAGCUGACAAUCUGAUUAGGAAAACUGGGAGCGAAAUUUGUUUUUCUGGGACAUCUUUUCAUGGGCAUCCCAACUUAGAUGUUCUUAUUCAACUACUGAGGAGUCAGAUAUUUUCAAGCCCAAGACAUCAUUUAACCCAUCAUCAACUUACAGAAAAGAACUGGUUCCACUUCGCAGCACGAUCCUGGGAAAUGACAAAGAAGUCGGCGCUGUUGUCCGAGUAUAACCGCUUACUCCCUUGAUAAACGUUGUUUGGGAAGAGUGCAUGUGAUGCACAGACAAUCACAGGGUGAAAAUUAAUGGUCAAGGUUAUCGCAAAAAAUCUGAAGGAAGAGAGCUCACAGUUUAGUGCCUUGGUUGCUUGGUUAAGACCAUGAAACCGUAAUAUCAAUAGUGCAUGUGGAAAAUUAUACUGCAUGCAUGCUUAUCAUUCUUCGAAUCAUAAAAAAGAUCAAUAUUGCUAACUAAGCAAUCGUUAACUGACCACUUCACCCUUCGUGUUCAUUACAUGAUAAUGCUCUUUACAUGAUAGUAAUGCUGUAAUCCUAGUCAUCCAAUAAAUUUUAGUCAGGCCAAUAAAUUGAGUGUAGUUUAAACCGGGUUUGAUUGGCAUUGAUUUCGGCGGAAGAAGUAAGGCAAGAAGUAAGUCCGAUGGGAUCACACCAUGAACUCUAUGUGUGAAGUCGGUCGCCACCUUUGAAGCAAAUUUGAAGCCGUUUAUGCUACUUUGACACUUUGCAAUUACGAGGUUGCUCGGCUCAGAAAAAAAUGAAUCUGCCACGGUUGAAGGUUCUAUAUUUUACUAAGUCUAACCUGCACUUUGUAUA